CAAGAACCCUAGUCAAGAAUUACCGGCAUCUGCUUGCUGCUCUAAUGCGAACGAAAACGAAUUCUGUUAGAAGAGGUCUGACAAAGAGACACAACGCUGAGACUUACUGCUAACACUGUCGUUUAUCUGCAGCAUUUUUUGCGAGUACAAGAAGAAAAUACAUGAAAUUUGUGCUGUGAAAUAAUUCUGGAUAUUGAAGAGAGUACUCAAGUAUUUGUACUUUGAUUUAGAGCAAAGAUUUGACGUUCCGCACGAUCCAUAGCUUUUCCUCGUUCAUGUAUGAUACAGAUGUAGAAUCUUGGUGGAUGGUUCUUUUGGGUAAUGUGUGUAUAAUGGUAGUGGUCCCAAUCCCAUUCAUAUUCUUCAUGUGCUAUGGCUAUGCUCGCUCUGGCUUAUAUCAGUCAUUCUUUUGAUGACCUCAUCCCAUUUCAUUCAUUGUUAUCAGUCAUUCUUUUGAUGACCUCAUUCCAUUUCUUUUGUGAUACAUCGUUCAUCAUAGUGUCGUCCAAUAGUACUAUGAUGUGGUAUGACAGACUCAACACGAAGCGAGGCGACCGUGUUCUUGAGAACUACAUUACGACGGACGGAACUUUUGCAGCAAGAUGAUGUGAACAGAGGAUGGAUGUUCGGAAUUGAGAAGGUGAGAGGGAAAUCCAGAUGCUUCUGUAAGAAUCGUUGCGCUAUCUUUAUCUCCCCAUUUUUUGAAACAGUGAGGAGCGGCUCCAGACUACAAAAAAAAGAGGAGCGGGAGCCCCGUGAAUUCUGA